AUGAGCGAGAACCUUGCCGAUGGCAUUGCCAGUGGCCCAACUUCUCUCAGUAUUGUGUCAAGUACUUCAGAUCUCAAGAGGAAACGCGACAACAGCACUGCCUCACUAGCCGUAUCACCGGAGCCUAGUGUGUCAUUCCAUGUCGACAGCGAAUUGCGACAGACCCCACAGUCUUCAUUCUUAUCAUACGUAUGGGGCACCGGCCUUGAUUCUGAUUGCGUGUCAUGCGGAAGACAAUUCCUUCCGGAUGGCGAACCUCCAAUACGAACCAUAGCCGCCGGGAACAGCAACCAACAAUUAUCUGUCAUUGAUAUCACUCAGGAGCCAGUAUCACCGUGGAAUCUGAGAAUCUUCAACAGACACCUGUCCUGCAUAAAGGCUAAAAAGAUCAACUAUAUCCCCAUUUCACAUGCCUGGCACCCCGCGGUGGCCACUGCGCAGGACCUUCGUCUAGAGAGCAUCGAAGUUUCCAGGCUGGUUUACCAAAUUCCAUCCAGAACCCUCCUGGCGCUUGAAGCCAAGUUUCCAGGUUGCGAAGUCUGGCAUGACUACUUGAGCGUUCCACAAUGGCGGCCCGAGGUUCAGGAACGGCUCCUUCUUCUGAUACCAGAGAUAUAUAACCAUGCUGCGAAAACAGUAAUCCAUCUGGACGACGUCAGGGCAACCCAUCUCUCGGGCCAGGUCAAGGACUCUCCCUACGAUAAGUUUAUUGUCGACUUGGCGGCUAUUAUUCGGUCUCGGUGGUUUGACCGCAUGUGGGUGACACUAGAGUACAUCCAGAGUAAUGACGUCCUUGUUCUCACGGAGGACUACACGUUAUCUGAUACUUAUGCUAGGGAUGUAUGCCAUCAACUAGACACUGCGCACACGAAAUGGGUCAAGAAAAGAAGCAAUUCGAUUGUCACAGAGGACAUUUGGAAGCAGAAUACGACCCUAAAACGGAUGACUUCAUGGAUAGACAUGGAAGCAUGGAAGAAUGAGCACGAAAUGCACCGAACUCUCGGGUGGGCAAUCGGAAUUCUGGGCCAUCGGAAGUGUCAGUAUACAAGAGACUACUUUUUGGCUCUAGGGAAGAUGCUUGACUUCCGACCGAAACAAGAUCCUCUUGUUCUCAUCGAGAACCGCUUUGUAUACUUCUUUUCUCUGGCGACAUUUGCGCUACAGCAGGGAGAUUACUCCCCUCUAUUGUUCAUCCCGUCACCAGGUGAAGACAUAGACCCCCGAGCACCGUGGCUGCGUGGGUAUUCGACGGGAACGUGGAAGCUCUGGGACAUGGGCAGGUGUCAUAGGAAAGCGACGUCUCAGCCAAUCAUUCGGGGCGGCAAGAUCCAGCCCCAACUCCAGACGGUUGGUAUCAUUGAAACAUUUGAGUACUGCGACUUCGGAGGGGACGCGGAAUCAGUCGUGGACUAUAUUUUAUCCAAGGUUGUCCGGGCUAGCGGCCAGGAACCCCAAGCUUUAUGUGAGGCUAUGGAACGCAUAUUCCCUCGGAGCGAACAUAAAGCAUUAAACAUGGAAUGGAAUGAUGCAAAGCCUGGAGAUGUCUGUACCGCGACCGCCAGGUAUGAUCUUGAUAAGAUACAGGGACUUUUGGAAAAGUACGGGCCGUUGCUAGACAUCAAACCAGGGCAAGACGCGACUCAGCAGAGGUUAGAGAUUGCGAAGAAGCUCAUAAGGGUCUUGAAGUUGAGCAAGGAAGGCAAGCACGCACGAGAGUCACGUCUGGAACUUGCAGCCGGAGAAGCAGACUGGUUCCUGCGAGAGUACGGAACUCCAAUGGAAGGUAUUAGUCAGAUCAGAUGUAAGAUUUGUGGGCGGCGGUCUGUGUUCCGACUGGUUAUGUGGGGGGAGCCUACCCCGGAUAGGGCCCAGGUUUAUAGAAUUCCUGGGCUGCUUUACGAUGAGAAUGUUCUGGAUGGCAUCGGGAUCGUGGUGGAGCAUGAUAGGAUACUUGGAAAGAUGAUAUAUGGGACGCCGGCUUGUGUAUGCAGUAAGUUCGAGUUUGUUGAACUAGGCUCAGCGAAUCUUUAG